UGCUGAUAGCAGUGCACAACAUCACAUCUAACUCGUUACCCCCACAUACAAAUAAGCUCAUACUGUAUCCAUGCAUACUGAUAGAAUACCAUCUGUUAAGUUUUCAUUCAUAAUAUUACCAGAUAAACACAAUGACAAGUAAAGGAGCUGUGAGAAUAAUGAAAAACUUGUGCCAUAUGUACCUGUACAUCUCCAGCAGCAAAUACGCCUUCUACAGAAGUCUUUGCAGUGCCUUCCUCGACCAAAAUAUAGCCUGCUCCAUCAAGAUCAACUUGUCCUUCCAACAACUGGCUAUUUGGUGAAUGACCUAUUCCAUAAAACAAGCCUUUUACCUCCAGCACUGAUUCUUCUUGAGUGUCCCGGUUUUUAAUCAAAAUACCCGACAUCUGCCCUUUCAUAUUGCUGACGACAUCCAUAGUCUCUGUAUUGAAGUGCACGGUGACGUUUGGGUUGUUAAAAACUCUGAAACAUUCGCCAUAAUCAACCUGUUAAACAAAUAUCCACGGAGUUGAAACUUAAAACACAUUGCUCAUCAGUAAUUCAGUUCACUUGAAAUGAUGCUUAAACAAAUAAAACACAAAACAUAGAAGACAUAGCAGCAGCAGAAUGACCAUGAGGGCAAUCAACAAGUUGAAAAACAACCAUUAUAAUGAAACAAAAACCUUCAUGGUUCAUGCAUAUCUUAAUGCAACAAAAAAUCUCUUAACAUAUUUUAAGGCAGAUUGUAUCAUUUCUAGUUUAUAAUCAUCUCACUGUGUUGGAGACAGUUAUUUUAUUGCUUAGAUUUUAUUGUACCUACUAUUAAUCUCUGAUUAGAGAGAUAGUUGAAGAUUUACAAGUAGCUUAACAAUUUAUGUCCUUGGGUUUAUGUUCUUGAUUCUAUUAAUUGGGGUAUUACUGUGGUGCGAAUGAGGUAGGGAAGCAUGAAAUUGAAAAAAAUGACUUUAAGAAUUCUAAUAUAACCAGUUGACAUUAUGCUUGGAAGUGCAUGCCAUGACUUUCUAUUAUGAUGUGGCUACAGUUAACUUUUUAUUCUGUAAUGCUUUUAUGUUAUUCUUUCUAAACAAAUCUUUAUUUACCGUGGUAGUUUAUAACAUGGCUACAACAACGAAUCAACGUCGAUGCCGAUGACAACAUUUAGGUAUAUUUUGGACGAUGGUCAUGCAAGCGAUUGUGAUAUAUAACGAACUUAGGCGUCGUGCACGACAUCUUCCAAGAGCUCCUCAUACAAAUUGGAAUUCUGAAAGAGAAAUAACACUUACACAAAUGUUUGGCACGAGUGAUACAAUAUGUCGUGAUCUCCUUAGGAUGAAAAUAGGUCCAUUUCAAAGAUUAUGUGCUCGUUUGCGAUCUUAUGGAUUGGUUGACAGUAAAUACGUUCGAAUUGAGGAACAAGUCGCAAUUUUUCUGAAUACAGUCGGGCAUGACCAACGUAAUCGCGCUGGACGUUUUACUUUCUUUCGCUCUGGUCAAACAGUGAGCUUUUACUUUCACAGAGUCUUACACGCUUGUCUUGGAUUGUAUAGAGAUGUUGUGAUUAAUGCCACUCCUCAUAACUCACCAUACGAAAAAGAAAAUGUGCAGCCAUGGUACUCCUUUUUUCAGGAUGUCGUAGGAGCAAUCGAUGGUACACAUAUAGCUACGUAUGUGCCUUUAGAGGAGCAAGGUAAAUAUCGCAAUAGAAAGCAAGUGAUUUCCCAAAAUGUUUUAGUAGCUUGCACAUUUGAUAUGAAAUUUACUUACGUGCUUGCCGGUUGGGAGGGAUCCGCACAUGAUGGUCGAUUCUCUGCGGCACCUUUUCGAGUUCCUAGACCAACCCUUCAUUCAGAUGUGGAGGAAAUAAGCUCAACCCAAGCGGAUCCUAAUUCUCGGAAUCGUCAAAUACGUUGGAGUGAUGCAAUGGACGGUUGUAUGAUAACUGCACUACUACAUCAAGUGUUGUCUAGUCACAAAAGAAGUGACAAUGGCUUUUCAUCAUAUCACGUGUCCAAAGCAAUCGAGAACGUGCACAAUGGAUGCGGAGUCAUGGUGUCUGAUAAGAAUGUGAGGGCGCGAUUGAAAACUCUGAAAAAAGAAUAUGUUGAAGUUCGUCAAUUGUUAAGCAUGAGUGGUUUUGGGUUAGAUCCUCACACUGGACGUGUCACGGCCGAUGUACUAGCUUGGGAGGAGUUGUUGAAGAUAUAUAAACCUUGUAAUAUUGCUAAGAUAGGGAUUAACCUGGGUAGUUUUUGGUUGUUGAAAAUGGUUCUCAGCUCUGGUGUUAUUCUGUACGGUAGGGUUUAUAUUUCUUGGGUUGAUUUCAAUGAGAUCUUUCGAUCUAUGACUACAAUUUGUCUUUUCAGAGAUACCUCUUUCUGGACUGUUGAAGCACACUAG